CAGAUCAGUGCCCAGUUUUUCCAAUGCUGAGUCUUUGAUCCCUGAACAUCCCACAUUAUCUUUUGUGUAGCCUUUUUCUCUUCCACUUUGCUCACAGAAUUAAUUAAUUGCAGAUGAGAACAUUUGCAUAAAUUGCUUGGACAAAAAUCCAAGAGAGUAUUUUUGUUUAAUUCCUGGUUUUUUUUUCGUUUUUAAUAUGUAACCUCAAUCUAGUCUUGGAUUUGGAUAUAGCAGAGCCCACACAGAUUUUUCUGAGGUGGAACUGAGCUGGAUUCUGAAGGGUUAAGGGAAAACCAAGCCUUGAUCCAAGCCAGAACAACAUAAGGUCUGAGAGGCUCAUUAGUUCACUGGCACUUAAUAGACUGCAGUGUCCUGGGAGGAAAUGAAACCUGCACUUCCUUCUGGCUUUGUUCUAUCCUGACAAAAGAAAACUGUACCUGUUUUUGCAGGAAACAAGUGACCUGAAAGUUCCCGUGGUGAGAGAGAUUUCUCGGCAUGUGCAAAGUGUGAAAUGUAUUUGGAGGGGGGAAAAAAAAAGUUUUUAAUUACUAUUAACACUUCUGAGCCUUGAGCUGAGGGAAGGAUUGAAACGGCUUGACAGUCUCUCACAUUCCACUCCCAUGCUGCUGGUGCCAAAAAUUUAGGGGUUUUAGGAAUACAGCAGAUAGAAAAUGAAAUUAAAAUCUUUUUUUAAAAACAAAAAAGGUGAUGUCCACAGCUGGAAAUGAAGGUGUGUGUUCAGCUGACAGCACCUUGUGGAUUUUGGUUUUGCAAGAAUUGAUGUGCUGUCUGGAGAGAGGUCGUUCUUCUGGGGGAACAGUACCUGGAGUUGAUGAUACUGGAAACUGGGGCUCCUGUUUUAGGUAGUUGGGUUUAAAGCCCUGCAUAAAAGGAAAAAAAACUAAGACAUUCAGCCACGUUGCUACAUUUAGAAUGACAGCUCUUGAGCACAGAGCAAAAAUGCAGUUCUUCAGCACAUCCACCUCAUUGAAACGGACAGUUCAGGGGAAUUCACCACCUUCCAGCCAGGUUGAGGUAACAAAUCCCUGGAUUUUUAAGACUAACCUGGUCCUCAGCAUUUCACAGUGAUUACUUAACAUCAAUUUAAGUAACAUCAAUUUAAGGAACAUCAGUUUAACAUUGGGAUGCUGUAGAUCUGAGGCACCCCCUGUUGCAGUGUAGGGAUCCUCUGUAUGUCAUUUUGGACUGCAAAUUUUGUUACAGCACUAAAGAUUUAGGAACUGCAAUCAUUGACAGCCUUCAUUAAUGUAAUUUAAUAUAUUGUGACCAUGAGGUAACUUUUAAGCUGCACUACCUUAGUUCAACUGUAUGUACCAGACUCCAACUUUUCUAAGCUCAGUCAGCGUUGCCACUAAUAGAUAAAUAUAUAUAUAAAUUAAGAUAUUAAAACUAACUAUAUGCUCCAUUAAUUAUAGGAAGGUGAACUUGAGUCAAAUUUGUUGCUGGCAAUGAUGAAUAAUUACUGGUUCUCCCCACAAGUAGUACAUUGCAGUAAAUAAACAGGGCACAUUGUUGGGUAGUAAUUGAUUAAUUAGCUAGUUCAUACCAGAUAGCUCAGUGGUUUAAGAUUGCUGAGUUUGAGAUAUUGCUUGCAAUUAUUGAAAGGAAAAAGCUGUUUCUAUUUCUCAGUUUUCUGCCUUUUUUUUCCCCUUAAAUACAAUGUUUAAUGGUUCAAAACCUUGGCUUUUAUUUAGAAAAAUGGAAUAUGGGAAUAUUUCUCUUCGAGAGGUGUCUGACACUUGAAGAAUUUUUAGGGUGGUAUUGUUAUGGAGUGUGAUUUUAAAAUAUUUCUCUUUGAAGGAGUCUGACACUUGAGAGAAGGAUUUUUUUAGGGUUGUGUGACUGUUAACUUUCACUACAUAAAAUCAAUAUAACUGAAUACACUUUCUCCUCAGCGCAGGUGAACCUGGUGCAUGCUGCAGGUACAAUACAGAGAUGGUUCUGGCAGCAUGUCAGUGCCAACAAAACCCCUUUAAAAAUGUAAUUGCCCUUUUUUUUGUGAUGUUUUCACUGGUCCCUCUGUCCGGGUGGGGCUCAGGGUGACCCUCGCCCCUCAGGUGGGGCCGUUCAGCGUGUCUGUCACAGAAUCACGGAAUCAGAGGUUGGAAAAGCCCUCCCAGCCCAUGGAUCCCCCCUGUGCCCGGUGCCCACCUUGUCCCCCAGCCCAGAGCACCGAGUGCCACGGCCAGGCCUUCCUGGGACACCUCCAGGGGUGGAGACUGCACCACCUCCCUGGGAAGGCAAUUCCAAAGUUUAACAACCUUUUCCGGGAAGAAAUUCCUCCUGAUGUCCCACCUGACCCUCCCCUGGCCCAGCUGGAGGCCGUUCCCUCUCCUCCUGUCCCUUGUUCCCUGGGAGCAGAGCCCGACCCCCCCCGGCUCCCCCCUCCUGUCAGGGGGUUGCAGAGCCAGAAGGUCCCCCCUGAGCCUCCUUUUCUCCAGGCUGAGCCCCCCCAGCUCCUUCAGCCGCUCCUGCUGCUCCAGCCCCUUCCCCGGACCGGCUCCAGCCCCUCUCGUGUCCCUGCUGUCAUGAGGGGCCCGGCCCGUCCCCUCCCGCCGGCGCAGGCGCGGCUGUGCCCGGCCCGGCGGCCCCGCGGGAUGCGGGCGCUGCGGCGGCUGCACGAGGCGGUCCUGGCGCUGCUGCUGUGGCGGGGCCCGGCCCCGGCCCGGCCCGCGGCCUCGGAGGUGCUGAGCCAGCACCUGCGGCAGCGCCGGCUGCCCCACUGGACCUCCUUCUGCGUCAAGUACAGCGCGGUGCGCAACGACCAGUUCGGGCUCUCGCACUUCAACUGGCCCGUGGACGGCGCCAACUACCUGGUGCUGCGCACCGGCUGCUUCCCCUUCAUCAAGUACCACUGCUCGCGGGCCGCGCCGCAGGACCUGGCGCUGCAGAACGCCGCCUUCACCGCGCUCAAGGCAUCCCAACUUUACUGUAUGGACUUGGCUCCUGGUUCUUUGCCAGUGUCACAGAGACUGUUCAAACGAGUCACGGCCCAGUUACUAUUUAUUUUCUAAAUAAAGAAGAUGAAGGAGCCAUGUACUGAA